GUGCCUUGAGAGCCUCCCGCCCAGCUCAACACACGCAUCCUCCGCCGAGAAGCACCAGCCAUGGCCAAAACAGCGACCGCCUACAAGGAGAAGAUGAAGGAGCUGUCUGUCCUUUCCCUCAUCUGCUCCUGCUUCUACCCCGAGACCCACAACAAGCUGCUUGGACAGUUUGAAGACAUGGAGGUGAAGCCCAUCAACAAGCGAGCUUCUGGCCAGGCCUUCGAGGUGAUCUUGAAGCCCCCUUCCCCGGUGUCGGAUGCUGUCCACAGCCUGCCGUCCCCCCCAAAGAGGGACAUCUCCCUGGAGGACAUCCAGAACAAACUGGAGGCGGCCGAGGAGCGAAGGAGGUCUCAGGAGGCCCAUGUACUGAGGGCCUUGGCGGAGAAGCGAGAGCACGAGAGGGAGGUAAUGAUGAAAGCCGUGGAGGAGAACAACAACUUCAGCAAGAUGGCAGAGGAGAAGCUCCAGAUGAAGAUGGAUCAGAUCAAGGAGAACCGCGAGGCCUACCUGGCAGCAAUCAUGGAGCGCCUGCAGGAGAAGGAGAGGCGUGCAGAGGUGGUGCGGAGGAACAAGGAACUCCGGGAAGAGCUGACAGCAUGAGCCCCGCGGUGACACCGGGAUGGACUUGGGACUCUGUCUCCAUCUCCACCUCCCGGCCCCCCUUCAUAGACGCUCCUGAGCAGGCAUCCCACGCUGGACCUCUGGGGGCUGAGGACAACACUGUCCCACUCAGCCCCCCCACCCAACCUCACUCCUCCUCCAUCAGUAUUAUCAAUUAUCAGUGGAUGCAAUCAUGGAUGACCCUUAUAUCGGAAAUUGAAUGAAUGUAAUAGAUUUAAGAGAACACAAGACAGAAAUCUGGUUUAUGGUGUGUAUAUAAUUUAUUUGAAUCUCUUUCGAAUCGAUCUGAAUCUCUCUCUCUCUCUCUCUCUU